AUGGCGGACAGAAGAGGACGGCCACCUAAAAGCACCAAAGGAAUUUUUCAAAAAGAUUUACGCUUACUCAUGUAUGGUUUUGGAGAUGAACCUGAUCCAGCUCCUGAUACAAUAGCAGUAAUGGAAGAACUUGUUUGCUGUAAAGCACAAAAAGUGGCUAAAGAUCGUAAAGUAAAUGUUGAAGAUUUCAAAUUUAUUUUAAGGAAUGAUCCCAAAAAAUUAUCUAGGGUUGAGGAAUUAUUAUAUAUGGAACAAGAUAUUAAGAGAGCAAGACAAUCUUUUGAUUGUACCGUUACUGUUUAA